UUUACGUACCUCGGUACCUAUUUCUGAUCUGUUGGUUUCUUUUUUGGAGGAUAAUGGAGAAUAAAAGAAGAACACCGAAUUUCUCAAAGUACGAGAUAGAUGUACUUCUUGAACUGGUGGGUGCAAAUGCAUCCGUUCUUGAAAAUAAGAAAACCGACGGCUGCAGCUUAAAAGAAAAACAGGCAAUGUGGUCCCAUGUGGAGGCGCAAUUUAACUCUACUCCUGGUGUGACAAAAAGAUCCUGUGACAGGCUGAAAACCUGUUAUGAAAAUAUGAAAAGAAGACUUCGAAAAGACCUUGCAGAAGAAAAGGUGGAAGUGUAUAAAACAGGUGGGGGAAGCCUACCCAAAAAACCACGAUCCAUGAUCGGGCUAAACUAUUAGAAAUUGUUGGUUCCUCAAUGAAACCUUUAACAAAUGCAUAUGAUUCCGAUGCACAGUUCAGCAUGAUUGUGGAUGUUGUCAACAUGGAGAGCAGUGAAGUGCAGUGCAGUGAGAAUAUGCCACCUGCUUCAGUUGUCGAGUUAGCAGAGUGCACACAACCUAGCACUUCCCACUCACCUGUCGUAUUAUUAAGUAAAGAGACACCUAAUAAUGUUCUGGCGGAUGUCACCCAGGUGCAAUCUGUUUCACAGUCUCCUGAUCAACCGAAUAAAAACAUCUGCACGCCAAAAAAUACAUGGAAUCGUCGCAGGAUGCCUGCAAAACCAAGGCCAUCAGGUUCGGGAACAGUGAUUGACAAUGUGUGCAAGAAGAGAGUGGAACUACUGGAGGUCCAAUUACUCAUGAUGAAGGCAGAGCACCAAAAGGAGCUGAGGAUUAAAAAUUUAAAGAUUCUGGCCCUGAAAGAAAAACUGAAGUACUGGAAGAAGAAAAAUGCCAGGGACACAUGACUUUUUUUUCCUGUGACAGUGAAUUUUUUGUGCUAUGUUGUAUUUUGUCUAAUGCAUUAAAGUUGUCUCUCAGUUCAAA